CCUCUUUUUCCGGCGAAAAAAAUGGUAGAUAUUUCUAAAGCCAUACAAUAAACCGUGCUGGCAUAGGAGUACUUCGAAAGGAGAAUCUGGUGGCUGCUGCUUUGGCUUGUCGGCUAUUUAUCUGUGCUUCUUGUUCUUGUCUCCUACCGUCCUGACCCGGGAAAAAAUCGUGAAGGGAGGGCAAGAAGGGUUUCGUCGGAGUCAUAUAGAUUUAUCGUCUAACGAUGACUGACUCGGUGCAGAUGGCGGAAGGGGAUACCGGCCGCGGGUGUGUGGAGCACCAGUCAUGCUGAGCUAGCUGGACGAGCGCGAGGUGUUCGAUAAAAUGCCUCCUCGUGAGGGCGCGUUCCGGGGCCAAGUCGUUGACUUGAUAACAAACUCAGCCGGCAUCAACAAGGCAACAGAUGGAUGGACAUUCGUGAAGAUGGAGACUAUGGGCUAACAUUCAAUGACAUGCAUACAUACAUACAGUUAGAUAGUUCUGGGGUAAUUAGAUUGACUAAACGAGGGGAAUGCAACUCUAUUUUAUGGUCUGCUCCAGAAACUGUAUGCGACCUUGAUUCAUAUUGUGGACCACAAAGCCUCUGCAUAAUGUCUGGCUCCUGCGAAUGUCUCUCUGGUUUUGAUAGACCGUUGAUGAGAGGAUGGAUUGGUGAUUUUGGUUGUACAAGAAAGGUUGAUCUUAAUGGCGAAAGCACUGCUGCACAACCAGAAGAGGCAUUUUAUCCAAUAGAUGGCAUCCACAGAUAUCCUCGGGGUGCUUUGGUGUCACAAACUACAAACAUGAAUCGGUGUGAAUCCUCUUGCUUAAGGAACUCUGCUUGUACCGCCUUUGCUUACAAUAAAAGUUGCUUACUUUGGUUCGGGGAGCUGUGGAAUACAGUAGUGCUUGACUCUGGUUCAAACGGCGAUCGUUUGUACAUACGUAUAGCAACUGAACAACAACAAGCUUGUUCUAGAGCUGCUUCUCUGUUUUGUUCCCAGAAAAAAGUGGUUUUUCUAUCAGUGAUUGGUGCGUUAGCCCUCAUUGCUAUUGGUCUGAUUUUUUUGUGGAGAUGCAGAAGAAAGCUAUUUGAGACUAGAAGGGUGAAUGGCGAUGGAAGCCUCAUGAUCUACUCGUUUGUUCAAAUAAAGGACUCAACAAAAGGUUUCUCUGAAAAACUCGGAGAAGGAGGGUUUGGUUGCGUUUUCAGAGCAAUGUUACCAGAUUGUACUGUCGUGGCUGUCAAGAAGCUAAAAGGCCUCAGACAGGAAGAGAAGCAAUUUCGAGCAGAGGUGCAGACCAUAGGUAUGAUUCAGCACAUCAAUAUUGUUCGUCUGCUUGGGUUUUGUGCUGAAGGUAGUAGAAGGUUCCUGGUGUAUGAACAUAUGGCAAAUGGUUCUUUGAGCAACUACCUGUUUUCCAAGGGUUCCUCUAAGUUAAGCUGGGAGCUGCGGUACUCGAUGGCACUUGGAAUCGCACGCGGCCUGGCUUAUAUGCACGAGGGAUGCAGGGAUUGUAUUUUACACUGUGACAUAAAGCCAGACAACGUGCUUCUUGACGCAGAACUCUGUCCUAAGAUUGCCGAUUUUGGCCUGGCAAAGCUUCUUGGUCGAGACUUCAGCAGGGUACUGACAACGAUGCGAGGCACCAUCGGAUACCUUGCACCGGAGUGGAUCUCAGGGGUACCAAUCACACAUAAGGCUGAUGUCUACAGCUAUGGGAUGGUGCUUCUCGAGAUCAUAUCAGGGCGAAGGAAUUCAGAGAAAAUUAAGGAGGGGAAGUUUACAUACUUUCCAACCUAUGCUGCAGUUAGGUUGAACGAAGGAGAUGAUGCCAUGUGCCUGCUGGAUGGUGGUCUGGAAGGCAAUGCUGAUGCAGAGCAGCUGAACAGAGCCUGCAGAGUCGCCUGCUGGUGCAUUCAGGACGGUGAAGAUUGCAGGCCCAUGAUGGGGCAAGUUGUUCGCAUGCUAGAAGGUGUCAUGGAUGUCGAGGUCCCUCCUGUUCCGUGGUUACUGCAAAAGUAUAUUGGCAUGGAGGAUUCCACCUCUGGAGAUUCAGAGACAGUUUCUGAAGUCUCUUGUUAGUCCGAUGGCAUCCCUUUCUUCUCUGUAUUUCUGAACUCCAUGAAACAGCGUGUGCUGCAGUAUUGAGCUAUAUCUUCAGUCUAUGCUUGUUUAAA